CACGUGACCGCGCCUCCCUAGGGCCGGGGUCCGCCCCCGCGCCCGCGUCAGUCUCCGCUCCCCGCCGCCGCGAUGCUGUGCGGGGCGCCCUCGGGCCCGCAGCCGGCCACGGCCGAGACGCAGCACAUCGCCGAGCAGGUAAAGUCCCAGCUUGAAGAGAAAGAAAAUAAGAAGUUUCCUGUCUUUGAUGCUGUCGAGUUCAAGAGCCAGGUGGUCGCCGGGACAAACUUCUUCAUCAAGGUGCACAUCGGCGACAAUCACUUUGUACACCUGCGAGUCUUUAGAAGUCUCCCUCAUGAAAACAAGCCCUUGAGCUUGUCCGACUACCAGAUCAACAAAGCUAAGGACGAUGAGCUGACCUAUUUCUAAUUCCUGGCCUCAAAGAGGACCCUGUGUCCCUACAACUAACCUGUCUAGAUGAUCCUCUAUCAUCAAGUGUGUAUUUGGGAUCACUAAAUAAACCACAUGUGUGCGCUGGCUGUUGGGGUGGAAAGCGGGGGCUAAGCAGCUUUUCCCGGCUCUCUUCCUGAAUUGGUCCUUGUGUCCAGGUGACUCGUUUCUCCCAAUCAGUCAUCUUAACUUCCUUUCACAGAGAGCUAAGUAUUGUCUUUAAAUAUAUAUUUUUAAACUCUUAAAGAAA